UCGGGUGUAUACCUAGCAAUACAUUGUAGUUGGUAAUCAGUUCAAGCUCAUCUUCACUACCAGAAGAUUAGAUUGUCCUGUUAGAUUUAUCAAAUAGUAUAUAUUUAUUCGUAUUAUUUAAGUAAAAAAUGUUACCGAAACUUUUCAGUGCCAUUUCUAUGCAUUGUCGGCGUGUGACACACGCCGCUGGUAGGUCAUUGACCCCAUACUUUACUUCGUAAUCUUCAUUGUUUUACAAUACGCAUUCCAAUAUUUUUAAAUAAUAUUCCUUGCAACCAUUUACGCAAACUAUAACAGUGAUAAGUGAAAUAACAUUACCUGAUUGUGUUGUCAUAAACGGUCUUAUCAAAUUGCAGAAAAAUCGCAGCCUAAAUUCAAGUUAACUUAUUUUCCAUCGAAGGCAUUAGCCGAGCCCAUUCGUUUUAUCUUCAGCUAUGCGGGUGUGGAGUUUGAAGAUGAUCGAUUUGAACGAGACAAUUGGCCGAAAAUUAAACCCACAAUGCCGUAUGGUCAAGUGCCAGUACUUGAAGUUGAUGGUAAAAAAAUAAAUCAAUCUGUGGCAAUUUGUCGGUAUUUAGCAAAACAAUACGGACUUGCGGGUAAAGAUGAUUGGCAGAACCUCGAAAUAGACGCGACUGUCGAAACCAUACACGAUAUUCGUGCAAAGAUAGCUGCUUAUCAUUAUGAAACACAUCUUGAAGCUAAAGAAGCAAGAUAUGAACCAUUAGUUACUGAAAUUCUUCCGUUCUACUUGUCACGUUUGGAUUCCCAAGUAAAAAACAAUGGCGGAUACAUGAUAGAUGGAAAACUUACAUGGGCUGAUUUGGUAUUCGUCGCAUUGUUGGAUUACUUAAACUUUAUGGCCAAGUUUGAUAUAACAGAAAAAUAUGAUAACUUGACUUGUCUGAAAAAAAAAAUUCUUGAUAUCCCUGGAAUAAAAUCAUGGAUUGAACGACGUCCUCACACUGAUCUUUAAAUACAUAUCAUUUAAUUACAGUCAGUACAAGACUCAAUAUUUGCAUUUUAUUUUUUACAUUCAUUACUGCAAUAUAA